AUGCUCGUUAAUGAGAAUAUAUGCGUGUCUUCUUCAAGAGUUCUUCUUGUGCCAUAUUCUCCGCACCAUGUACCAAGAUACCAUGAAUGGAUGAAAGAUCCUGAGAUACAAGAAGCCACUGCCUCGGAACCGCUUACUCUAGACGAAGAAUAUCAAAUGCAGCAGAGCUGGAGGCAAGAUGCGGACAAAUUAACCUUCAUCACCUGUCAGCCUGUAUCCUCAUUAGCAACAUGCUCUGAUGACCAGGGCGCUUCAGAGCCAGUUCAAGACAACAACUCGUAUCAAGUUAAACCUAAGGGUGACGACGCCCCGGAGAAAAUGAUAGGAGAUGUUAACAUGUUCUUGAAACUUGAAGAAAAUGACACCGUUGACGGAGAAUCAAGCGACGUGCCGAAAGAAGUGGUUGUUGGAGAAGUGGAACUAAUGAUUGCCGAGAAGCACCUACAACGGAAAGGCUUUGGGAGAGCGAGCUUGGUCUGUUUCUUAAAAUACGUUAUUGAUCAUAUGGAGCAGAUUCUUGCAGAGUUCCAGGGCCACGCUACUUCUACCCAAGUAGCGGAACUGGCAACAAUUACAGCUUCUGGAAAGAAACAGCUCGAAUACCUGGUAGUGAGGAUUGCGGCUAAAAAUGAACGAAGCAUAGCUCUCUUCAAGAGUCUUGGUUUUGAUACAGUAUCGGACAGACCAAAUGUGUUCGGAGAACUGGAGUUACGAAAAUACGGGCUUGAGAGCUCUGGGGAACUACGGAUGUGGAUGCAACACUAUGGUAUAGAGUAUAUGGAACUACCAUAUCAUUAA